AUGAAUCAAUUUAAAAUGCAAAUUUGGAAAAUAUUUCAAGCAAUCAGCCGUUUUUAUUUUAAUUAUCAUUACAAUAGCUCACCCUUAUAUUUAACGUCGUCAGCAUUUACUCGACGUGUUCAAUAUGCUAUUCGAAUAACUAUUUCAUUUCUUGUCGGUGGAUUUUUAGUUUAUGGAACUUCACUAAGUGACCAAUCAGCAACACAAUAUCUAGUUCCGGUCAUGUGUAUUUUAGGCAUACAAGAAACAUUUGGAAUGACAGUAUUAACUUGCUACCAAAUACUGACAGCCAUUACGCCUCUUUCAAUUUUUCUAUACGUACUUCAAAAGAUUGGUCUGGGAUACAAAGAUUAUCUUGCAGCUGAAUUAAUACUACUUAUUUCAUCAUUUUUUAUUGCCUAUAAAUGUUCACAGGUUCAAACUCGAAAAAUUGCACUAUUAAUUAGUACUAUAUUUUUUUCAACGAUUGUAAAUCAACCUGGUCUUCCAUCGACAUUCAUUUUUAUUCUACUUGAACAAUUCGCCAUUGGAAUAUUCGUUGGUCUUUUUGUAUCUAUGUUGAUCUUUCCUCUUUUUGCUACGUUUGAUAUUGAAAAUCGUGUUAGUUAUUGUCUAACAAAUUUACAACAAAUGGAAAGUAUUGUGAUUCAAGCAUUCUUAAGUACAGAUCAAAUGAGUGCACAAGCAGCACUGGCUCGAGCAUCAACUAUCGAACAAAUGGUACGUUCAACAAUGACUUUAAUGCAUACAAGACUGAAUGAAACCCGUAUGGAACCAUCACGAUGUUUGCAAAGAAUUUUUAAUCGAAGACGAAGACAUCUCAUCGAUCUUAAAUUACAAGAACAAAUAGACUUAAUUAGUGCAUUGAUGUUUCAUGUAUGUUCACUGGAAUUAAUGGUUAAACAAUGUCAUUUCAAUGAAUAUCAUAGUCAUUUUACAAGUGAACUUCAAAUGAGUCUUCUUCAUCUUAGCUCAUGUCAAGCAACGAUUGUUUCAAGUUUAAUGACGCCUACAGUAAUUACUCGAGAUGAAUUUAAUGUUCGCCUGAAUGAAUUACAACAAGCUCUUGAUUCGCUUCGUAGGGCCUCAAUAAACGCACGUCUUCAUCAAGUUGAACAUGUAUUGGAAUCUGCAAAACAAAUUCGAUCGGAAGAUUAUCUUUCACAUACUUUCUUUCUUUUUCAACUUGAUGCUAUUGUACGACUCGUGAUACAGGCCACAGUAACUGAUCCGAAUAAGACCUUUUUUCAAGAAAUCAAAGAUACAUUUAAACAAAAGCAGAACAAGAAGAGACGAAGUAUAAAAGAAAUGUUAAAACCACAAUGGCCACGAGUUUUACAAGCUUUAAAAAGUGUCGUAAUAAUUGGAGUAGGCUCAAUAUUUGUCAUGGUACCUCGUUUGGCAGCAACAUUUGAAAAUGGACAAUGGAUUUUAAUUGCUCUUUGCAUGACUCAAGGUGAUACAGUAGGGGGAGCAUUAACUACAAUGAAAAUGAGAUUAGUUGGAACGCUACUCGGUGCAAUGUGGGCAUAUGUAACCUAUUUAUCAGCCAAUGAUCAUGUCUAUAAUACAAUGGGAAUGUUAGUUCCAUGGAUAUUUAUCUUUGGUUAUUUGAGAUCUUUACCUGAAUGGGGUUAUACCGCUGUAGUAGCUGCUUUCACUCCAGUUUUGAUCAAUCUUGGUCGAAUACCAUAUGGAGAUACAAUGCCAGGAGGUAACUAUGCUCUUCUUCGGAUCGAAGAGAAUCUUGUUGGUAUUACUAUUGCUAUUGUACUCACCAUCGUCAUUUUUCCAGUUUUUGCUAUUGAUAUCCUAAAAAACAAUAUUCAGGGCACUCUUGAGCUUUGUCGUCAGAGUGUAACAUCAAUGCAAUCAAUCUAUGACCAAUUUUUACCGGACGACAAUUCAGAUAUAGGUAUAAUAAAUGUUGAGAAACAAAACGAACAAGAAGUUAAAUCAUUUAUUGAUACUCAAAGAAGUCGUUUUCACCAAUUGAUUAGUAGUCAAAGAGCCCUUGUUGGGCAUGUUGCCUUAGAGCCAACUCUAUGGUGGUUUCACAAUACGUUCUCUACUGCUCGUUAUGAGACACUUGUUCAACAACAAGUUGAUAUGUUUCGAAUGUUACAUAAUAUUGAUGCAAUCUUGAUGCGUAUCGAUGAAUGUACUGAUCAUGAUAGAAAUCAUAUUAUUAAUCUUCAAAUGUAUGCUGCUGGUCGUUUCUUUCCACACGAUCUUCAUGUUGAAGUUGCUAAUUUAAGUCGACAAUUAAAUGAUUGUGUUGCUCUAUGGUCAUCUUAUUUUGCUCUUACUCAAACACGUUUCUAUCGAAUGUUUCGUGAUUGUACUUUUAGUCGUACAAAAUUGAAUGAGAGCGAUCUUUUAAAACAUGAGCAAUGCCUCAUUGAACUUCAUCAUACUAUUCAUCGUCUUCAAAUUCAACAUCAAAGUUCACUUGACGGAAUAUUGGAAAAUUAUCUUGAUAGCUUGACUCAAGGUGAAUCACCCACAAAAUUUAUACCUUAUGUUGAAAAUGAUACAUUUGAUAGUAUUAUAAUUGGAAUAUCGGCAAUGUAUUAUUCGACAACUCAACUUGCUCGAGCUGCGUUAGCUUUAGGUACAAAUAUUCAUACUAUCUUUGAACUUGAAACAACAUCUCUUUAUAAAUCAUUUUAA